ACGCGCGAGAGCUCACCACAAACAUACAGUCACACUUAAUCACGUCGAUUACAAUCACACGAACACGUGGAACAGUAUUGUAUAUGUGUGGGUGUGUGUGUGCGUAUUUGUGUGUCUGUGUGUGAAAUACUAGAACUAGAACCGAAGCAAACCGUGAAAGCAACAGUCAGUGGUGUGUUCGUCCGGCUUAGGUUUUGUACGCAUCCUGACGACGACGACGACGAUUUGGACGAGCGUCACGACGUCCGACCGUGCUGCUUUUGUUGUUGAGUUUUACUCGUUUUCCAUCCCGUUGAGUGUGAGCAUGUGACCGGCACUUUAAGACAUACCGUUAGUGAACUCGCAAACAGGUGAUCAGGUCUCAAAUCUCAAAAUCAUUUCACUUGAUAAUCCCACCUGUCAUCGAGAAAGCUCAACCGACGGCCAAAAAUUUCCCCGCUGAUAAAGAGGAGGAAGGCGGCUUCGCCUUAACAAAACAAACACGGUAAAUGGACUCAGGGUGUUGUGUAUUGUAUUAAGGAAUGGACGGAUAAAUGUACCUGACGGUGGUGUACCAAUUAACAUAUUAGCUGCCCACUCUGACUUUUUGUUUAUGGUUGGCCCGAAACUGUCUACCGUUUUUGAGACUGAAAAUUAACUAAACAAAAGCCAUCGACGCGACGACGACCGACGUUUGGAUAAUGGAUGCAAAUAGUUGGCCUGGCUUAUUAAGAGGAUUCUGUCUGGUUUUAAUUUUUCUGGCGUUUGUACCGUCCGCAGCAUCACAAUGUAGAUCUGACGAAUUUCGUUGUUACGACGGUACUUGCAUCGAUAGAAGACGGCUGUGUGACUCAAGACCGGACUGUAGGGAAGGAGAGGACGAAAAAAAUUGCCCACAACCACAACGAUGCCAUCCACACGAAGAGUUUACUUGUGGAAAUGGAAGAUGUGUUCCGAUAUCCAAACGAUGCGACCGAAAAUAUGAUUGCGAAGAUUUUUCCGACGAACGAAGCUGUCCGUGUAAAGAUGAUGAUUUCAAAUGUUCCAAUGGUCACUGUAUUUCUUCGAGUCGAAAAUGUGACGGAACUACAGACUGCAACGAUGGCUCGGACGAAAUAGGAUGCAGCUCUGACGGUCCGUGCAAGUAUUACGAGUGGCAGUGCGCAGAUGCAAGCAAGUGCAUUGAUAAAUCUUUGCGCUGCAACAGACAAGUGGAUUGCGCAGACAACUCGGACGAACUGAACUGCGUAUGGUGCAGCCUAGACGAGUUCCGUUGCGAUAACGGAACAUGUUUGAACAUUGCACAUAGAUGUGAUGGCAACGCUGAUUGUCCAAAUGGCGAGGACGAAAAGGCUUGUGCCCAAUGUGGGAACGACCAAUUUGCAUGUGAAAGGUAUGGCGGCUGCUUAGACCCAUGGGAACGAUGUAAUGGAAUUCGGGACUGUCAGGAUGGCAGUGAUGAGGAAUUUUGUAAUGGAACGAGGGAGGUUGUUUGUCGACCCGGUACUUGGAAAUGUCACAAUAAACUCUCAUGCAUUCGAUACGAAAAAUACUGUGAUGGAACAGUAGACUGUGAAGACAAUUCGGAUGAAAAUGACUGCACUUUUCCGGCAUUUACACCCACACCUAACACCACACAAGCGUUACCAGAUGGAGCAGAAAACACGUGUGCAGAAAAUGAAUUUCAGUGCGCGGCAGGAUUUUGUAUUAUGGGGUACAAGCAAUGUAAUGGUAUUAGGGAUUGUCCGAGCGGCAACGACGAAGUUAACUGCCCCACGCCAACCCCCCAAACACCUUCGAUCGCGGAGUCUUCUUCUUGUGAUUCUAACCAAUUCCGAUGCAAUGAUGGCACAUGUAUCAGCCAGCAAUACCGAUGCGACUUGCUGGACGAUUGUCCAGACAAAUCUGACGAAAAAGAGUGCGAUGCUCCGGAAGUAUGUCAGCCGAGUGAGGUAAGGUGUACAGACGGUUCAUGUAUUUAUGGAAAAAAAUGCGAUUCUGUAUUUGACUGCGCCGACGGUUCGGAUGAAGAAAAUUGCACCCUUUGCGCUCCUAGCCAAUUCCCUUGCAGUAGCGGGGGAUGUAUCGACGACACGAAACGAUGCGAUAAUCGAACGGAUUGCGAAGAUGGUUCAGACGAAAGAGAUUGCGUGUUUCAUUGCCCUGGGGACUCAUUUCGUUGUUCUAACGGGCUGUGUUUGGACGGUAGACGUCGCUGUGAUGGGUAUUCCGAUUGUAGCGAUGGCUCAGAUGAACAGGGGUGUCCCAUACAUGGCUUUCCCACAACUUCGUUACCCGACAACAAGAUUACAUGUCUGCCCGGAGAAUUUCAAUGUCGUAAUGGAAAAUGCAUUCAAGACACCUUCCGCUGCGAUGAGUAUGAUGAUUGUGAUGAUGGAUCAGAUGAGGCCGACUGUCCAAGUAAAUGUAAACCUGAUGAAUUUGCCUGCGAAGAUGGAAGAUGUUUGCCGGAAUCACAAAGGUGCGACGGUCGAAGAGACUGCCCAAGUGGCGCUGAUGAACUGGAUUGUCCUGGUCCACCACUUCCAAGGAGUUGUUCGUCUAAUGAGCACACUUGCGGUGAUGGAACAUGUAUCCCCCGAUACCUCGUUUGUGAUGGUACACCACAUUGCCCUGACCAAUCUGACGAAAGCGACUGUGGUUGUGACAAAAGCGAAUUUCAAUGUGAAGAUGGAACUUGCAUAAACGAUUACUUGCGUUGUAAUGGAAUCAGAGAUUGUAGCGAUAAUUCUGACGAAUAUAAUUGUCCUACAACCCUUGCGCCUUCCACUCAGCCACCCUUUUGGCCACCUACACCACCACCGUCUAGACCUUUCAGCUGCCCUCUUGGCCAACAAGCUUGUAAUACUGGAAAUCAGUGUUUCCCAUACUCAGCUUUUUGUGAUGGGCGAUUUGAUUGCAAUGACUUUUCCGAUGAAACAAAUUGCCCUGGAAGUGGGGAUGGUCUUAACCUUAGAACAUAUCCUAGUCAACAGUCCAUUAAAGAAAGCGUGUAUAAAUUGGGCAAUGAGGUGGUAUUCCAAUGCAGAGACGAAGGUCCUUUAAGAGCGAGAGUGCAGUGGUCUAGAGGAAGCGGACUACCACUGCCUCCAGGUUCAAGGGACUUCAACGGACGUCUUGAAAUACCGGAUAUUAAGUUGGAACAUGCUGGAUCUUACGUUUGUUCUGCAAUUGGUUACCCAUCCAGUACACCAGGAGCUUCUGUUUAUGUCAAUUUGCAAGUUGAAAAAUAUAUUAUACCAACUGUUCGACCACCUCAAGCCUGUGGACUUCAUGAAGCUACUUGCUCCAACGGUGACUGUAUCUCCAAGCAUUUGGUAUGCGAUGGAAAGUAUGACUGUGCAGAUGGGUCAGAUGAAACUCGAUGCAAUCCGUUUGGUUGCGAACCAAACGAGUUCCGUUGCAGUAACAAAAGGUGUAUCCUUAAGAUUUGGAUGUGCGAUGGAGAUGACGACUGCGGUGAUGGUACCGAUGAAGCCAACUGUGCCGCUAGUGCGCCAGGAUCACAAUGUCGUUACAGCGAAUUCUCCUGUCAUUCUGGAAACCAAUGCAUUCCCAAAAGCUUCCAUUGCGAUCACGAGAGAGAUUGUAUCGACGGUAGUGAUGAAAUUGGAUGCUCCUCUGUUGUGAUAUCAAAACCACCCCCGCCUAUGAUAACAUUGAAUGUUGGAGAAUUGUUUACUAUCGAAUGUACUGCAGUGGCCAUCCCCACUCCGGAAAUUGUUUGGCGCCUUAACUGGGGACAUAUUCCUGAAAAAUGUACAACUGUCAGUAACGGAGGUGUUGGCGUUCUUACUUGCCCAGAUAUUCAAAUAGCUGAUCAAGGCGCUUACUCUUGUGAAGCUAUUAACAUCCGAGGGACUGUUUUCGCCGUACCUGAUACCAUCUUGGUCGUUAACUCAGGUGCUCCCGCUUGCCCAAGAGGCUACUUUAAUAACCAAGCAUCACGUGAAAGUGAUUGCAUUCCCUGUUUCUGCUUUGGUGCUACUACAGAAUGUCGAUCGGCAGAUCUGUUCACAUACCAACUUCUACCUCCUUUCGACUCUCACCGAUACGUUGGUGUUGGAGUAGAUCCAUAUUCAAAAGUUAUCGACAUCAGAAAUGAACCCAUUUAUCGAGGCAACGAGCCCAGACUAACUCCCGUAGGAAGAAAUGGAGUACAAGCGUCACUACCAUACGCUCAACUAUCGCAACCAAAUGUUCUUCCAUAUUUUGUAAUGCCCGAAAGCUUUCACGGUAAUCAGCUGAAAAGUUAUGGAGGUUUCCUUAAAUACAAUCUGCGCUACGAAGGAUAUGGAGAGCCUACAUCCACUCAUCCUACAAUUAUCCUUGUCGGAAAUGGAUACACUUUACUUUAUUAUAGUAAUGAAAAUAUUAGGCCAUACCAUAACGUUUCCGCGCGCUUCUUUGCUGGGGAACGUUGGGUAAAAAGAACAGAAACGUCACCGGAAACUCAAGCAACAAGAGAAGAAAUCAUGAUGGCUUUAGAAAAUGUCGAAAACAUUUUAAUUAAAUUGCAAUACGUGCAAUCCGAUAAUUUAGAAACAACUUUGUCAGACAUCGAAAUGGACUCUGCUGCAGUACCAGAUGCAGGUCAAGGUGCUGCACUUUAUGUGGAAGAAUGCAAAUGUCCCGUAGGAUAUACAGGACUUUCUUGCGAGGAUUGUGCGCCAGGAUAUACAAGACAUAGAUCGGGACCGUGGUUGGGACAAUGUUACAAAGAAGUUGAGACCUGUCCCCUUGGAACGUACGGGGAUACAUCAAGAGGAAUUCCUUGUGAAGUUUGCCCGUGUCCUCUCACAAAUCCUAGCAAUCAAUUUGCUCGCACUUGCUCUCUAGAUUCUGAUGGCGACGUGACUUGUGAUUGUCCUGUAGAAUACGUUGGAAGACGUUGUCAACAAUGCGCUCCUGGUUACACCGGAAAUCCUUUGAUUCCUGGAGACUCCUGUAAACCAAUAACUUCAAUCUGUCAUCCCGAAGGAUCACUUAGUCUUCAAACCGAUGACAGGGGAUUAUGUCAAUGCAAGCAAAAUACGUACGGUCCAACUUGUGCAACUUGCAAGCCAAAUACAUUCCAUCUAAGUAGCGAAAAUCAAUUUGGUUGUAUAGCCUGCUUCUGUAUGGGUGUCACCCAAGAGUGCUCUAGUUCCAACUGGUAUAGGAGUUCUAUAACAACUGCUUUUACAUCAUCGAGGAGUGACUUUAAACUAUUAGCAUCUCUCAACAGAUCAGCCCUCAUAACCGAAGGAAUAAACGUUGAACCAGACCGAGGAGAAAUUGUCUAUAGCAAUUUCCAAACACCUGACGUUUAUUAUUGGGUGUUACCACCCCGAUAUCUAGGAGAUAAGGUGUCUUCUUAUGGAGGUCACCUCAAAUAUUCCAUCAGAUACAUUCCGACCCCUGGAGGCUACUCCAAAAACAAUGCGCCCGAUGUCGAACUCAUAAGCGAAAAUGAAAUCAGUCUUUUAUAUUACGGAAGGGAUUCGCCACAAGGUAGCGGACACCAUAACUUCUCCAUACCCAUCUUGGAACAGUACUGGCAACGGUCAGAUGGUCAAGUAGCUGACAGAGAGCAUCUUCUUCAGGCCUUAGCAGAUGUGAAAGCCAUACUUAUUAAAGCUACAUACACUACAAACUCAUACGAAUCAAGCUUAUCAUCGGUUUCCCUGGACACAGCUGAAGAUAGAAAUACUGGUAGGGAAAGGGCUGUAGCUGUUGAACAGUGUAAAUGUCCGCAAGGCUACAGAGGAUUGUCUUGCGAAGAUUGCGACAUUGGAUGGACCCGAGCUGGUGAAGGCAUUUAUCUUGGAUUGUGUACGCCAUGUUCCUGCAAUGGUCACUCUGGGGAAUGUGACCCUGAAUCGGGAGAUUGUCUGAGAUCUGUAGUAAUACACUGGCUGAAAGAAGGGGGUGAAUUGCCCUAUGAUCGAUUCAUAGAUGAUGCGCGCGGCCUUUUGGUGAUACGGUCUGUUAGAGUCUCUGACUCGGGUAGAUACAUCUGUGAGGCUUCAGAUGGGGUUGAAGUAGUCACUGACUAUGUAACAUUGCACGUAGGGGACGGAAAUGAACCCGUAGCUCCAAGAGUUUCGAUAUAUCCCGAAACAUUAGACAUAACUGAAGGUGAAGAAAUAACGCUUCGUUGUACAUCAUCCGGAGUACCAGCACCAAAUCUCACGUGGGUCAAAAGAACAGGAGAUGCUUACAGUAAUUUGCAAAGUAUAUCACCAGGAGUUAUUCAAAUUCCUUUUGCUACGAAAAAUGACGAGGGAGAUUACGAAUGUAUUGCCACAAAUGAAAAAGGUACCGAUCGUUUUGUGGCCCGCGUAUAUAUUAGAGAAGGAUCUGGAUCAAUCAUGAAACCGAGGAUUACACCGGGCUCGUAUUAUGGUAAAAGUGGUGACAAAUUCACGUUGACAUGUCAAAGUAGAGAAGCAUACAGGAGCAUCGACUGGACGAGAAAGGACGGUCAUUUAUUACCAUACAGUUCGAGUGUCGAGAAUGCAGUCCUGACCGUAUACGAUGCGAAACCUGAAGACUCAGGAGUUUAUGUUUGUACAGUGACAAGCUACUCGGGAACACGUGGAAACGAAUCGGCCGUGGUAUCCAUCGCAACAGGAACCCAAGGAGAAUAUCCAGAAGUUCGUAUAGAGCCUCAGCGCCAAACAAUUUCUCAAGGAUCCACCGCCGAAAUAGUUUGCAAUGUUUCUGGUUUCCCUCCACCGACAAUCAAGUGGACGAAAGUUGGAGACGCUUUACCACCCAACGCCCAACAAAUCGGCUCAGUACUCCGUAUCAAUAAUGUACAAAUUUCUGAUAGGGGCGUCUAUGUUUGCGUCGCUUCAAACGAUGUCGGUAUCGCCCAAGCGUCAUCGAUUAUCGAGAUCGACCGUCGUGAAGCACCCGUAGUUGAAAUAUAUCCGUCUAAAACUCAGACCGUCACGAUCGGUAGCAGUGCCAUUCUUCAAUGCAGAGUUACCGCUGGAAUUCCGCAACCUACCGUGGUUUGGAGUAGAUCUAAUGGAUUGCCUUUAGGAUCAACUGUUGAGCAACUUUCCAAUGGAGUUUUAAAAUUCAAUGCAAUUGUAAACGAAGAUAAUGGUGAAUACAUUUGUACAGCAGAAAACGCCGCAGGAAAAGUAACAGCUGUUGCCAAUAUUGAAGUACAAACUGUUCCUGUUGUUACUUUAAGACCUUCUGGAACUGUUACUGUCCGGGAAAAUGAUUACGUUCCUGUUUUGCAUGGCUUAAAUUGUUAUUGGCUUCGGAAAAAGCUAAGAAAAUUUUACCUCCAUUUAGGCAAUGAGGUGGUAUUCCAAUGCAGAGACGAAGGUCCUUUAAGAGCGAGAGUGCAGUGGUCUAGAGGAAGCGGACUACCACUGCCUCCAGGUUCAAGGGACUUCAACGGACGUCUUGAAAUACCGGAUAUUAAGUUGGAACAUGCUGGAUCUUACGUUUGUUCUGCAAUUGGUUACCCAUCCAGUACACCAGGAGCUUCUGUUUAUGUCAAUUUGCAAGUUGAAAAAUAUAUUAUACCAACUGUUCGACCACCUCAAGCCUGUGGACUUCAUGAAGCUACUUGCUCCAACGGUGACUGUAUCUCCAAGCAUUUGGUAUGCGAUGGAAAGUAUGACUGUGCAGAUGGGUCAGAUGAAACUCGAUGCAAUCCGUUUGGUUGCGAACCAAACGAGUUCCGUUGCAGUAACAAAAGGUGUAUCCUUAAGAUUUGGAUGUGCGAUGGAGAUGACGACUGCGGUGAUGGUACCGAUGAAGCCAACUGUGCCGCUAGUGCGCCAGGAUCACAAUGUCGUUACAGCGAAUUCUCCUGUCAUUCUGGAAACCAAUGCAUUCCCAAAAGCUUCCAUUGCGAUCACGAGAGAGAUUGUAUCGACGGUAGUGAUGAAAUUGGAUGCUCCUCUGUUGUGAUAUCAAAACCACCCCCGCCUAUGAUAACAUUGAAUGUUGGAGAAUUGUUUACUAUCGAAUGUACUGCAGUGGCCAUCCCCACUCCGGAAAUUGUUUGGCGCCUUAACUGGGGACAUAUUCCUGAAAAAUGUACAACUGUCAGUAACGGAGGUGUUGGCGUUCUUACUUGCCCAGAUAUUCAAAUAGCUGAUCAAGGCGCUUACUCUUGUGAAGCUAUUAACAUCCGAGGGACUGUUUUCGCCGUACCUGAUACCAUCUUGGUCGUUAACUCAGGUGCUCCCGCUUGCCCAAGAGGCUACUUUAAUAACCAAGCAUCACGUGAAAGUGAUUGCAUUCCCUGUUUCUGCUUUGGUGCUACUACAGAAUGUCGAUCGGCAGAUCUGUUCACAUACCAACUUCUACCUCCUUUCGACUCUCACCGAUACGUUGGUGUUGGAGUAGAUCCAUAUUCAAAAGUUAUCGACAUCAGAAAUGAACCCAUUUAUCGAGGCAACGAGCCCAGACUAACUCCCGUAGGAAGAAAUGGAGUACAAGCGUCACUACCAUACGCUCAACUAUCGCAACCAAAUGUUCUUCCAUAUUUUGUAAUGCCCGAAAGCUUUCACGGUAAUCAGCUGAAAAGUUAUGGAGGUUUCCUUAAAUACAAUCUGCGCUACGAAGGAUAUGGAGAGCCUACAUCCACUCAUCCUACAAUUAUCCUUGUCGGAAAUGGAUACACUUUACUUUAUUAUAGUAAUGAAAAUAUUAGGCCAUACCAUAACGUUUCCGCGCGCUUCUUUGCUGGGGAACGUUGGGUAAAAAGAACAGAAACGUCACCGGAAACUCAAGCAACAAGAGAAGAAAUCAUGAUGGCUUUAGAAAAUGUCGAAAACAUUUUAAUUAAAUUGCAAUACGUGCAAUCCGAUAAUUUAGAAACAACUUUGUCAGACAUCGAAAUGGACUCUGCUGCAGUACCAGAUGCAGGUCAAGGUGCUGCACUUUAUGUGGAAGAAUGCAAAUGUCCCGUAGGAUAUACAGGACUUUCUUGCGAGGAUUGUGCGCCAGGAUAUACAAGACAUAGAUCGGGACCGUGGUUGGGACAAUGUUACAAAGAAGUUGAGACCUGUCCCCUUGGAACGUACGGGGAUACAUCAAGAGGAAUUCCUUGUGAAGUUUGCCCGUGUCCUCUCACAAAUCCUAGCAAUCAAUUUGCUCGCACUUGCUCUCUAGAUUCUGAUGGCGACGUGACUUGUGAUUGUCCUGUAGAAUACGUUGGAAGACGUUGUCAACAAUGCGCUCCUGGUUACACCGGAAAUCCUUUGAUUCCUGGAGACUCCUGUAAACCAAUAACUUCAAUCUGUCAUCCCGAAGGAUCACUUAGUCUUCAAACCGAUGACAGGGGAUUAUGUCAAUGCAAGCAAAAUACGUACGGUCCAACUUGUGCAACUUGCAAGCCAAAUACAUUCCAUCUAAGUAGCGAAAAUCAAUUUGGUUGUAUAGCCUGCUUCUGUAUGGGUGUCACCCAAGAGUGCUCUAGUUCCAACUGGUAUAGGAGUUCUAUAACAACUGCUUUUACAUCAUCGAGGAGUGACUUUAAACUAUUAGCAUCUCUCAACAGAUCAGCCCUCAUAACCGAAGGAAUAAACGUUGAACCAGACCGAGGAGAAAUUGUCUAUAGCAAUUUCCAAACACCUGACGUUUAUUAUUGGGUGUUACCACCCCGAUAUCUAGGAGAUAAGGUGUCUUCUUAUGGAGGUCACCUCAAAUAUUCCAUCAGAUACAUUCCGACCCCUGGAGGCUACUCCAAAAACAAUGCGCCCGAUGUCGAACUCAUAAGCGAAAAUGAAAUCAGUCUUUUAUAUUACGGAAGGGAUUCGCCACAAGGUAGCGGACACCAUAACUUCUCCAUACCCAUCUUGGAACAGUACUGGCAACGGUCAGAUGGUCAAGUAGCUGACAGAGAGCAUCUUCUUCAGGCCUUAGCAGAUGUGAAAGCCAUACUUAUUAAAGCUACAUACACUACAAACUCAUACGAAUCAAGCUUAUCAUCGGUUUCCCUGGACACAGCUGAAGAUAGAAAUACUGGUAGGGAAAGGGCUGUAGCUGUUGAACAGUGUAAAUGUCCGCAAGGCUACAGAGGAUUGUCUUGCGAAGAUUGCGACAUUGGAUGGACCCGAGCUGGUGAAGGCAUUUAUCUUGGAUUGUGUACGCCAUGUUCCUGCAAUGGUCACUCUGGGGAAUGUGACCCUGAAUCGGGAGAUUGUCUGAACUGUAGAGACCACACAACUGGUCCGAACUGCGAGUCAUGUUUGCCAGGGUACACAAUGGAUGCUGCAACAGGCACCUGCAGGUACCUAUCGUCUGAGGGACACACUCGUUGUGAUUAUUGUAAUGAAGCUGGUAUUGCCGAACAAUGCGUGGACAACAACUGCCGGUGCAAGAGCAACGUAGAGGGUGAUAGGUGCGAUCGCUGCCGUCAAGGAACUUUCGGCUUUAAUACUUCUCGAUCUUUUGGAUGUCAGGAAUGCUUCUGUUCUGGAGUCAGUUCUGAAUGUAGCGAGAGUUACUUCUACAUCGAACAAAUUCCGAGUCAAGUAUUUGAUGAUAAUCACGGAUUCGUUUUGACUGACGAGAAUCAGCGGGAAAGAAUAACAUCUGAUUUUUCGCUGGACGUUGCAAAUAAUAGAAUCAGUUACAACUUCCGGUACGGGGACACGCAAAGAUGGUACUGGGCGUUGCCAUCCAUUUUCACUGGAAAUCAAGUUAGAUCUUAUGGUGGACGACUCGAAUUCAUUAUAAACUACAGCCAGUCCUUUGGCGGAAGAUAUGUCCCUGAUAAGGACGUUAUCAUUUCCGGAAAUGGUAUUAACAUCUUCUGGAGUCGCCCAGGGGAAUUUUAUCCAGAUAGAGACAACUCUGUUUCUGUGGUGUUAAGUGCCGAUGAAAACUGGCAGAGAUUAGAUUACCGUCAAGGUCCUCGUCCAGCAUCGCGUCAAGACAUCCUUACAGUUUUGUCGAACAUUGAAGCCAUUCUCAUUCGCGCUUCAUUAUCCACGGAAACAACAUCUUCUUAUAUUAGUGAUGUCGUUUUGGACACUGCUGUAGACAAUCCUACCGGCCAGGCCAGAGCUACCAACGUCGAAAUAUGUAGAUGUCCACCGGGAUACCGUGGUACUUCAUGUGAAUCGUGCGCUGCUGGAUACUACAGAGAUAACAGACCUUCCACAAAUGGGGCUCAAUUGUAUGGUAGCUGCUCUCCCUGCCCUUGUAACAGGAACGAAGAAAGCUGUAAUUUGGCGCCCAAUGGGGAUGUAAUUUGCAACUGCCGACAAGGAUUCCACGGAAGAUACUGCGAAACAACGGGUGAAGAUGGCUUAAUGCUGGAAAUAACGCCAGCGUAUGUAGAAGGGCGUAUAGGCUCGGAUAUAAUGCUCAAUUGCAAAUACAAAUAUACACAGCGCCUUCAGCUAGAGGUUUCGAAUGCAACGUUGCCUGUCUAUAACGUUUCCGAAAUUUUGGAGGAAAAUGACAAUGGUUACGGGGCUAGCAUGAUUUUCUUCGUUAAAAUAACGGAACCGUCUAACGUUGUUACUUGCGUUGUUAAGAAUAUGGAAAAUUAUGUUGUAGGAAUAAUAACCUCAAGGCUACACGCAGGUCCUGGACCUUCUCCACCUCCCCCUGAACCGCCAACAUCGCGUCCACACGAACCGCAAAUAUACGUAAGGGUUGAAACACCUAUCAUACACAUCAAAGAAAUAGGAAGCACUGUGCAUCUCAAAUGCGAAGCCAGGUCUCUUACUUCACCAUCUAGAUCUGUAGUAAUACACUGGCUGAAAGAAGGGGGUGAAUUGCCCUAUGAUCGAUUCAUAGAUGAUGCGCGCGGCCUUUUGGUGAUACGGUCUGUUAGAGUCUCUGACUCGGGUAGAUACAUCUGUGAGGCUUCAGAUGGGGUUGAAGUAGUCACUGACUAUGUAACAUUGCACGUAGGGGACGGAAAUGAACCCGUAGCUCCAAGAGUUUCGAUAUAUCCCGAAACAUUAGACAUAACUGAAGGUGAAGAAAUAACGCUUCGUUGUACAUCAUCCGGAGUACCAGCACCAAAUCUCACGUGGGUCAAAAGAACAGGAGAUGCUUACAGUAAUUUGCAAAGUAUAUCACCAGGAGUUAUUCAAAUUCCUUUUGCUACGAAAAAUGACGAGGGAGAUUACGAAUGUAUUGCCACAAAUGAAAAAGGUACCGAUCGUUUUGUGGCCCGCGUAUAUAUUAGAGAAGGAUCUGGAUCAAUCAUGAAACCGAGGAUUACACCGGGCUCGUAUUAUGGUAAAAGUGGUGACAAAUUCACGUUGACAUGUCAAAGUAGAGAAGCAUACAGGAGCAUCGACUGGACGAGAAAGGACGGUCAUUUAUUACCAUACAGUUCGAGUGUCGAGAAUGCAGUCCUGACCGUAUACGAUGCGAAACCUGAAGACUCAGGAGUUUAUGUUUGUACAGUGACAAGCUACUCGGGAACACGUGGAAACGAAUCGGCCGUGGUAUCCAUCGCAACAGGAACCCAAGGAGAAUAUCCAGAAGUUCGUAUAGAGCCUCAGCGCCAAACAAUUUCUCAAGGAUCCACCGCCGAAAUAGUUUGCAAUGUUUCUGGUUUCCCUCCACCGACAAUCAAGUGGACGAAAGUUGGAGACGCUUUACCACCCAACGCCCAACAAAUCGGCUCAGUACUCCGUAUCAAUAAUGUACAAAUUUCUGAUAGGGGCGUCUAUGUUUGCGUCGCUUCAAACGAUGUCGGUAUCGCCCAAGCGUCAUCGAUUAUCGAGAUCGACCGUCGUGAAGCACCCGUAGUUGAAAUAUAUCCGUCUAAAACUCAGACCGUCACGAUCGGUAGCAGUGCCAUUCUUCAAUGCAGAGUUACCGCUGGAAUUCCGCAACCUACCGUGGUUUGGAGUAGAUCUAAUGGAUUGCCUUUAGGAUCAACUGUUGAGCAACUUUCCAAUGGAGUUUUAAAAUUCAAUGCAAUUGUAAACGAAGAUAAUGGUGAAUACAUUUGUACAGCAGAAAACGCCGCAGGAAAAGUAACAGCUGUUGCCAAUAUUGAAGUACAAACUGUUCCUGUUGUUACUUUAAGACCUUCUGGAACUGUUACUGUCCGGGAAAAUGAUUACGUUCGUUUGGAGUGUCAAGCAGAAGGAUUCCCACUUCCAACUGUACAAUGGUCGAAAUAUGUUCGAACUGAAGCCACCUUAAGCAAUGUUGAUGCAUUCCUACAACCUAGCACGCAAAGUCUAACAAAAGAAUUACCAAGUUCAGCAAUUUAUGAAAUAAAUCGUGUCAAGUCCGCCGAUCAAGGAUCGUAUAGUUGUCAAGGACGAAAUUCUGCAGGAGUUAGCGAGGGUCGCGUCUAUCUUAUCGUGGAAUCGUAUCCAACCCGUGGAGAUACACCUGCUUCGAAAGGUGAAGAUGCUGGGGCUGGAAAUGAUGACUAUCCACCAUCUAGACCUCCACCAUACAAUCCCGAUUAUAAAUCGGGAAAUGAAGACUCUUCAAAACCGUUAGUGUUUGUUGCCCCUGUUGGAACACGCGCAGAAUUAAGAUGUCAAACCAGCAAUUUAGGCAACGAAAACGUUUACUUAAAUUGGAUACGCAGUGAUAACGCCUCUUUACCACUUUAUGCAAGAGUUGAACAGAGAGGAGGAGUACUGGUGAUCGACAAUGUUCAGAAAGCCGAUGCAGGGGAAUAUAGAUGUCUAGGGGUUCAUAAUAACAACGUCAUAUUUAGUUUGGGCACAAUACUAGAUGUAACAGAACCUCCAAGGAUCACAUUGGAUCCUCCAAGACAAAUAGUGCGUCCUGGCGACAAUGUGUACAUACAGUGUUCUGCUACUGGUAAACAGCCAAUCUCAAUAUCUUGGUCAGCUUUGAAUAGAUCCAUGCCGGCGUCAGUUUAUGCUCAAGAAGGACAUUUGCAGUUCAGAGGAAUUCAAAAUUCAGAUGCUGGACGUUACCGAUGUAGUGCUACCAAUGUUGUCGGUGAAGCCGAUGCUGUAGCAGAAGUUAUAGUAGAAGAACGUGCAAGAGGACCAUUAGUUACUGCCGAAAAUCGAGAACAAUCUGCGGUUGUUGGCAGCUCAAUCACUUUACGUUGUGAAAUUCAUAGUUCUGAACGUCCAUUGAUGCGCUGGUACAGGGAAAAUAAUCACCUUCCGGAAUCUGUACAAAUCAGUGGAGAAUAUUUGAGAAUAAAUAAUUUGCAGUUUGCCGAUGCCGGGCGCUACAUUUGCGAAAUAUCAGGAGAUAGCGGAAUAUCGAGCGAUUACAUUAAUUUACAAGUAACAGAAACGGACAAAGGGUGCAGUCAUGGAGAAUGGAGAUGUUCCGAUGGCACGUGUAUACCUUUAAGUUUCAUAUGCGACAAAAAACCAGAUUGCCCGGACCGAUCUGACGAAUUCAAUUGCAUCGAUAGAAAACGAAGGGAUCCGAAUCCCGAGUCAAAUCAGGAGGUAUUCAUCUCAUCUUCAUCACCAGUAAGUCGCAUCGGAGAUAAUUUGGACUUAAACUGUUAUUCGAGAACUCCCGAAGUGCAAGUUGUAUCUUGGAGUAAACUGUCUGGUCCUUUAACGGACAAUAUCCAACGUAGCGGGGGUUUCCUCCGUAUCUCACGAUUGAGACCAGAAAAUGCCGGAAUUUAUCGUUGUCUGGCCAGAUAUCGUCAACAAUAUAUUCACAAAGAUUACACCGUAGAUAUCGUCGAUUCCGCUACUGAUAAUGUACAGAGCGAAGAGCCAAUCGAAACCAAAAGUGCGCCUCAAGGAUCGACAGUUGUGAUGAAUUGUCGCACCGAUCUUCCACCACCAGUGUCGUAUACGUGGUCAAAAUCUAAAGGGGCCAUGCCCGAAAAUGUUAACAUUAACAGCCGUACCAUUGAAAUAGACAGUGUUCGUGACGUCGAUGCUGGAAUUUACAUCUGCAAUGCUGACAACGGAGAUCAAUCAAUCGAUAUUCCAACCGUUUUAGUCGUUACCGGAAUAGUACCGUUCUUUUCCCAAACUCCUAACAGUUACAUAGCAUUACCUACUAUCCCCGAUCACUACCUACAAUUCAGCUUCGAGAUUUCGUUCAAACCAGAAACUCCCAACGGUUUACUUCUCUACAAUAGCAACAACAAGGCUUCCCACAAAUUGUUCAUUUCGUUAGCGUUAGUUGAAGGAAUUCCCGAAUUCAAAUUUAACUUGGGCGAAGGAAUUACCACUGUGAGAUCUAGCAAACCAUUAUCAUUAGGCAAAUGGCAUACGGUGAAAGUAACAAGAAACAGGAAGAAGGCAGUUAUGCAUAUAGAUGGUGAAGAAACGGUUGUUGGGCAUUCUGAAGGAAAAUCUAUGGGACUUGUCCUUACCGAACACUUAUACCUGGGUGGUGUUCCUGACUUGACCGAAAUAUCUGAAAAUGUUGGAAUUGAAGACGGAUUCGUUGGUUGUAUUAGCCGCUUUAAAAUUGGUCAUGCACAUCAGGAUAUACUUAAGGAAGCUAUUACAAAAGAAGGAAUAACCACCUGUGAAACGUGCACAGACAAUCCAUGUGAGAACCAAGGCGUUUGUCAAGAAGCACUUAACAAAGAAGGAUUUACUUGUAUUUGCCGGUCAGGAUAUGGAGGACGUACUUGCAAUAAAGGCGAAAAAGAAUCUUGCACACCAAGUUCUUGUGGAAGUGGAAAAUGUAUCGAUACCGCUCAUGGAUACGAAUGUUUAUGUCCAAUGGGAACAGCUGGGGAACGUUGUGAAAAUCAAAUAGAAAUUGUGGAGCCCGCUUUUCAAGACGACGCGUACAUAGCAUAUCCAACACCCCGACUACAAAGACGACUUAAAGUUUCACUAAAAUUUAAGCCCACUGAUUUACGAGAUGGUAUUCUUCUUUAUUGCAGUGAAAGUGAAGAAGGACACGGAGAUUUCGCAAGUUUAUCAGUAAAAGAUAAACAUUUGGAAUUCAGAUUUGAUGUUGGCAGCGGUCCGAUUAUUGUGAGAAGCGAAAAGAGGAUUAAGGAAGGGGAAUGGUUAGCGGUUACUGCAAGUAAAAUCUUGAACGAAGGACGUCUCCUUGUUAACGGAGAUCCUCCAGUUUCUUCCAGGAUUCCAGGAACUCACAAAGCCCUAACGUUACAUACACCUCUAUUUGUUGGCGGAGUGGAUAAGCAUAAUGUCAAAGUUAACGAUGGUGUCGGUGUAAAAACUGGAUUCACCGGAUGCAUUUCUGAGAUAAGCGUUUCUGGGUUGGAUUUGAAUAUAGUGAAGUCCGCCACAGAUUCAGCUAAUGUUCAAGACUGUAGCACGAUUGGUACAGAAUCAAAUUUUAAAAAUAACGACGUUUCGUACAGCCACGAAGUUCCACCGCCAUUAAUUACCAGAACGCCGUGUUCAAGUGGACCUUGUAGAAAUGAUGGAGAAUGCCACGAUGUUUCGUCUACCGAUUACUUCUGCACGUGUAGAAAUGGCUACAGAGGUCGUCACUGUGAGGUAGCUCCUAAUCUUUGCGAACAACUAAAUCCGUGUCAAAACGGAGGAACUUGUAAUGGAACAACCACGGCAUAUACAUGCGAUUGUCCUUUGACUUAUAGUGGUACCAACUGCGAAGAACGUGCUGACAUCAGACAGGAAGUUCAUUUUAAUGGAAACGGUUAUUUGGAAUUAAAUAAAUCUCUUUGGGUUUCCGAUAAAUUCGACGAAUCAGAUGUGAUCGCCUUUGAAUUAUCGACCAAUUCCAGUAAUGGGCUUGUGUUCUGGCAUGGACAAACACCUCAGGAAGGCGGAGAGGGUGAAGAUUACAUCUCAUUAGCAGUUGUCGACGGCUAUUUGGAGUACAGUUACGAUUUAGGAUCCGGACCAGUAAUAAUUUAUAACAAAUUGGUUAAAAUAAAUGACGGUGAAAGACAUAAGGUUAUCUUGAAGAGGAAAGGCAAGAUCGGAUCUAUUGAAAUCGAUAAUGACUUCUCUAAGGAAGGCUCUACGGAAGGACCAUCGAAUACUUUAGAAUGCAGAGGAAACAUUUAUUUAGGAGGUGCACCCAACUUGGCUUUAAUGACCGGAGGAAAAUACCUCAAAGGAUUCGACGGUUGCAUCCAUGGAUUCGAAGUCCAAAAUUCACAAACGCUGGAUCUUGGCGAAAAGGCAAUUUCUGGAGUCAACGUUAAACCGUGUUCAAGUGAGAAUGAUGCGUUCAACGAUCUGUUUGACGGAAACGAUGAAGAUUUUGUAAACUGAAAAUAAGAAUUUAGCGAUAUUUCUCCUUUUUUUACACCGUAUUGGAUCUGACGGCUUUUAAUACUUAUUUACCCUUGGCAGUGAAUAACGAUAAGAGAAAUCGCUUAUUUUAGAGAGUUGUACGAGCUAUUAUUAAAUCUCCAUUUUUGUGUUCUGCAACAUGUGUUCAAUUUAUGUAACGCUUUGUUUCGUUAAUAUCAUUUAUGUAUAUCUGUAUACCAUAACGACACCCAUGUACUGCCAAGCUACGAUCACAUAAGUUUAAUUUUAUUAUUUAUUACUCAGUGACAUUGCGUUUUUCUCAUGGAAAAAAAAUAUAUAUUUGUAAAAUGUAUGUAUAUGUUAUUAGGCACCCACAAUAUUUAAUUCAUUUAUUAUUGAUGGGCUUUUGUUAUUGCUCCGUUUUGUUUAAAGGGUAAGUAUGUCAGUUGAAAUUUGAAGUAGAAAUUUUAGAGUUUCAGAAACAUUUCUUUCAUUCGUUGUAUAAAAAUAGAAGACUUCUAAAUUGCUUUUUGUUAUACAUAUCUAUAUGUAGAUAAGUUUUAUUCGACUAAUUUGUAAAAAUAAUACGAAAUUACGCAUGCAUUUUAGAGUUGUUCUUGUUGGUAUUUUGGAAAUGUUAAUUUCGUUUUGAAUAGCAGGAGAAAUGGUUAGAAACAAAAGGGAACAAUAAAGAAAGCACAUCUGAUUUACACUUUUUUAUCUAAUAAUAAUUUAAAUCUUUCUUUGUGACGAGCUUUAAAUGAAAACCAUUUAUGUAGGCUAGUAUUAAUAGAAGAAAACUGCCAUUCGAUAUUUGGUUGUCUGUUCUGUAGAUGUUUACGUUAUUUAUUGUACUCAAAUAUGCAAAAUUGUGCCAUGUAUCGUAUAAUUUCCAAGUCAUUAAAGCCAAAAAUCUUCAAAUGAUACAACAGAAACAAGAGAAUAAGUUUAUAAGUACAUAUUUAAAUUCAUUAUUAUAUGAAGUGGUGCUACUUUUCCUAAAAUGUUUAUACAUAGCUUUGUUUGUUAACCAUUGCUUUAAUUUUAGUUUCCUUUUUUCUUAUUGGACGUAGCCUUAGUUUUUCACUUUUUUGAAAUUAAGUAAAGGAUAAGUUGUCUCUGAAAUAACAAAAAAAUAAAAAAGUACAAUGUGAUUAAGAUUUGAAACAAAAACGUAUCAGCAAUGGUGAUUACAAUAAGAUUAGGGAAGCCUAAAUGAAUAAAGAAAACGUAUAUCUAUGAUUAAGUUUAAAAGAUAUUUUGUAACUGCUUCUUUUUUCUGUUAUUACUAAUAUUAUUGCGUUGUUUAAAAUAAGGCUUUUUAAAGCUGUGAAAGCAAACUUUGUACAUUAUUCGAUAUGUAUACAAAUAAAUGCCUUUUGUAUGCGAAAGUUGUAAUAAAUUUAAGUGCAUUUAAAAUAA